CCUCGCCAUAUAUAAUGAAGCCUUCUUCAUCGGAGACAUCCAGUAGUACAUGGCCGAUCACGAAAUCACUUCUCGUUCUGGUUCUUCAAUUUGGGACUAAAUGCGUUCAACUCCGAGGAAACCUUCCCUGUACAGUCUUUUUAGAAUUGUAAAAAGCCCUUACUUUUCAUAAACCCUAGAAGCCAAAUACUCCUACUUACUACAAUCGAAGCUAGGGUUUCUCCGACUUCUUCACGCCAUGAGUCCAGUUCAGAAUUUCGAGCAGCACUCUCGCCAUCUCAUCGAACCCGACCUCUCAAUUCAGACGAGGCUUCAAAUGGCGAUGGAGGUACGGGACAGUUUGGAGAUUACACACACAGCGGACUACUUGAAUUUCCUAAAAUGCUACUUCAGGGCCUUCUCUGCGAUUCUAUAUCAAAUCACGAAGCCGCAAUUGGUAGAUAACCCCGAGCACAAGCUCCGGAACAUAGUGGUGGAGAUCCUCAACCGCCUUCCUCACAGUGAAGUGCUUCGCCCCUUCGUUCAGGACCUCUUGAAGGUAGCAAUGCAUGUACUCACCUCUGAUAACGAAGAGAACGGCUUGAUUUGUAUCCGAAUCAUAUUCGACCUCCUUAGGAACUUCAGGCCGAGUCUGGAAAAUGAUGUCCAGCCUUUCCUCGAUUUCGUGUGUAAAAUUUACCAGAAUUUUAGAUUGACAGUCAGCCAUUUCUUUGAGAAUGGGGACGUGGCUGCAGCAGCAGCAGCAGCAGCCGCCUCUGUGUCCUCGAAUUCUUCCGCAUUUGGUUCAUUUGGGGGAGAAGAUGCUAAACUGAUGGACAUGUCAGACCAAGUGGGCCCACCUACUGCUUAUAUUGGGGCCGGGCAACUUAAUCCCAGUACGCGGUCUUUUAAGAUUGUCACAGAGACGCCUUUGGUGGUUAUGUUUCUGUUUCAGUUGUAUAGCAGGCUUGUGCAAACCAACAUUCCUCAGUUGUUGCCAUUGAUGGUUGUGGCUAUAUCUGUUCCGGGUCCUGAAAAGGUCCCACCUCAUUUGAAAAGUCACUUCACUGAGCUAAAGGGUGCACAAGUUAAGACAGUUUCUUUCCUAACUUACCUCUUGAAGAGUUUUGCUGAUUAUAUCAGGCCGCAUGAAGAAAGCAUUUGUAAAAGCAUUGUUAACCUACUUGUUACCUGUUCGGACUCGGUUUCCAUUCGAAAGGAACUGCUGGUAGCCUUGAAGCAUGUUCUUGGGACAGAUUUUAAGAGGGGGUUGUUUCCUUUGAUUGACACACUGUUAGAAGAGAGGGUUCUUGUGGGAACUGGCCGGGCAUGUUUUGAGACGUUGAGGCCGUUGGCUUACAGUCUACUGGCAGAGCUUGUUCAUCAUGUGAGGAGUGAUCUCUCCUUGUCACAGUUAUCGCGGAUUAUUUACUUAUUCUCGAGUAACAUGCAUGAUGCUUCAUUGUCACUCGGAAUUCAUACUACUUGUGCUCGCUUGAUGUUGAACCUGGUGGAACCAAUUUUUGAGAAAGGUAUCGACAAGUCGUCUAUGGAUGAAGCACGGGUUUUACUGGGGCGGAUUUUGGAUGCUUUUGUCGGGAAAUUUAACACUUUCAAGCACACAAUUCCUCAGCUAUUGGAAGAAGGGGAGGAAGGAAAAGAUAGGUCCACGUUGAGGUCAAAGCUCGAACUCCCUGUCCAGGCAGUCCUCAAUUUGCAGGGUCCUGUGGAACAUUCGAAGGAAGUCAGCGAUUGUAAAAAUCUCAUUAAAACCUUGGUUAUGGGAAUGAAGACUAUAAUUUGGAGUAUCACCCAUACGCAUAUACCACGAUCGCAGGUUUCACCUAACACGCAUGGGACCCCUCCCCAAGCACUUGGUCCUCCAUCAUCCAAUUCCUCAGUGCCUCAACCAUUUAAAGGGAUGAGAGAAGAUGAGGUAUUGAAAGCCUCUGGAGUUUUGAAGAGUGGCGUGCAUUGCUUGAUCUUGUUUAAGGAGAAGGACGAUGAAAGGGAAAUUGUGCAUCAAUUUUCCCAGAUUUUAGCUAUCAUGGAACCUCGAGAUCUUAUGGACAUGUUCUCAUUGUGUAUGCCUGAGAUGUUUGACUGCAUGAUCAGCAACACUCACCUAGUUCACAUUUUUUCUACUCUUUUGCAAGCUCCAAAGGUCUUCCGGCCAUUUGCUGAUGUGUUGGUUAAUUUCCUUGUAAGCAGCAAACUUGAUGUUCUGAAGCAUCCAGAUUCACCUGCGGCCAAACUUGUUUUGCAUCUCUUUUGGUUUAUAUUUGGCGCGAUUAACAAGGCUCCAUCAGACUGUGAACGUAUAUUGCAGCCUCAUGUGCCUGUUAUCAUGGAAGCUUGCAUGAAAAAUGCUUCUGAAGUUGAAAAGCCACUUGGUUUUUUGCAGCUGCUUCGUACUAUGUUUAGAACGCUUGCUGGAGGUAAGUUUGAACUUCUACUGCGGGACUUGAUUCCUACACUCCAACCUUGCCUGAAUAUGCUUUUGGCUAUGCUUGAGGGGCCUACUGGGGAAGAUAUGAGGGACCUUCUUCUGGAGCUUUGUUUAACCCUGCCUGCACGCUUGAGUUCAUUGUUACCAUAUCUUCCCCGUCUUAUGAAGCCUCUAGUUCUGUCUCUCAAAGGGAGUGAUGAACUAGUGAGUUUAGGGUUAAGGACACUGGAGUUUUGGAUAGAUAGCUUGAACCCGGACUUUCUGGAACCAACUAUGGCGAACAUUAUGUCUGAGGUUAUUUUAGCACUAUGGUCUCACCUGAGGCCAGCACCCUACCCGUGGGGUGGGAAAUCAUUGCAACUCCUUGGCAAGUUAGGUGGUCGUAACAGACGCUUCCUCAAAGAGCCUCUCGCACUCGAGUGCAAGGAAAACCCUGAGCAUGGGCUGCGCUUGAUCCUUACAUUUGAGCCCUCCACUCCAUUUUUGGUGCCUUUAGAUCGUUGCAUAAAUCUUGCUGUAGCAGCUGUAAUGCAGAAGAACGGCCGCGUGGAUGCCUUUUAUCGGAAACAAGCUCUAAAAUUCUUGUGUGUGUGCUUAUCCUCUCAGCUUAAUUUGCCUGGUAAUAGUUCCGAUGAUGGAUUAAAACCCAAGCAUUUGUCGACUUAUUUAGCAUCUCCAGUAGAUCCAUCUUGGACAAGAUCUGACACAUCAGAUAUGAAGGCUGACUUAGGAGUGAAGACAAAGAUGCAACUUAUGGCUGAAAAGUCUGUUUUCAAGAUUCUCUUAAUGACCAUCGUUGCUGCGAGUGCAGAACCUGAUUUGCAUGACUCUCAAGAUGAGUUUGUUCUUAAUGUGUGCCGCCAUUUUGCUAUAGUAUUUCACAUAGAGCAUUCCUCAGGCAAUGCAUCAAGUUCGACACCUCCUCUUGGAGGUCCUAUGCAUUCAUCAAAUGUCAGUGUUGGUUUCAGGCCAAGAAAUGGUACUUCUUGUGAUCUGAAAGAGUUGGACCCUUUAAUCUUUUUGGAUGCAUUAGUGGAUGUUUUAGCAGAUGAAAAUAGGCUCCAUGCAAAAGCUGGUCUUAGUGCGCUCAAUGUGUUUGCAGAGACACUUCUUUUCCUUGCUCGCUCAAAACAUUCUGAUAUGCUUAUGUCAAGAGGAGGUCCUGGUACUCCGAUGAUUGUUUCUAGUCCGUCGAUGAGUCCUGUAUAUUCACCACCUUCAAGUGUCCGUAUUCCUGUUUUUGAGCAGCUUUUGCCUCGUCUUUUGCAUUGUUGCUACGGAAGUUCUUGGCAAGCCCAAAUGGGAGGGGUUAUGGGACUUGGCGCAUUGGUUGGAAAGGUCACUGUUGACAUUUUGUGCCUGUUUCAAGUCAGGAUUGUCAGGGGGCUUGUAUAUGUUCUUAAGAGGCUUCCUGUGUAUGCUACCAAAGAGCAGGAAGAAACUAGCCAGGUGUUGACACAGGUUCUUCGUGUGGUGAAUAAUGUUGAUGACGCAAACAGUGAAGCACGAAGACAAAGUUUUCAAGGAGUUGUUGAAUUUCUUGCAACUGAGUUGUUCAAUUUUAACGCGUCCGUUCAUGUGAGAAAGAUUGUGCAGUCCUGUUUGGCACUUUUAGCUAGUAGAACAGGCAGCGAGGUGUCUGAAUUGCUUGAGCCUCUGUAUCAACCUUUGCUUCAGCCUCUAAUAGGGCGGCCCCUCCGCUUAAAAACUGUUGAUCAACAGGUUGGUACUGUUACUGCUUUGAAUUUCUGCUUGGCCUUGAGGCCCCCUCUACUUAAAUUGACACAAGAACUUGUCAAUUUCCUGCAAGAAGCAUUGCAAAUUGCAGAGUCUGAUGAAACUGUAUGGGUCGUGAAAUUUAUGAACCCCAAAGUGGCCACGUCGUUAAAUAAACUACGUACAGCUUGCAUUGAGCUACUAUGUACAGCAAUGGCAUGGGCAGAUUUCAAAACGCAAAAUCAUUCUGAAUUGCGUGCAAAGAUUAUUUCAAUGUUUUUCAAGUCCCUAACAAGCAGGACACCUGAGAUCGUGGCUGUUGCAAAGGAGGGCCUACGACAGGUCAUUUUGCAGCAAAGGAUGCCCAAAGAACUUCUUCAGAGUAGUCUGAGACCCAUAUUAGUGAACUUGGCACACACCAAAAACCUCAGCAUGCCUCUUCUGCAGGGUUUGGCUAGACUGCUGGAACUUCUAUCCAACUGGUUUAACGUUACAUUGGGGGGUAAAUUGUUAGAGCACCUUAAGAAAUGGUUGGAUCCCGAAAAACUUGCUCUGUGCCAGAAGUCGUGGAAGGCUGGUGAAGAACCAAAAAUUGCUGCUGCUAUUAUUGAGCUAUUCCACCUGCUUCCUUCUGCUGCUGGGAAAUUCCUUGACGAGCUUGUAACCUUGACGAUUGAUUUAGAAGCUGCUCUUCCCCCGGGUCAAUUUUAUAGUGAGAUUAAUAGCCCAUAUCGCCUCCCUCUCACCAAAUUUUUAAAUCGUUAUCCAGCAGCUGCAGUUGACUAUUUUCUUGCUCGAUUAUGUCAGCCCAAAUACUUUAGACGGUUUAUGUAUAUAAUUCGAUCAGAUGCUGGGC